AGUGCCACGCAAACGUGCCCGCAGAACCACCUUGCGUGACAACUGCUUGACGUCAUCAAUCGGAAGACAGGAAAAAACUUAACUCGAAGGCAAAAAAGUUAGCCAUUAAUAUAUUUGUAAUGUUUUUAUUUGAACACGUGGCUUUCCAGCGAGUUUUGACAAACUCUAGAUGGGGAGAUGUGGCGCUACCGAAAGCCUGGAUUUAAAGCGCUGCUGGUGGCUGAGCUGCAGAGACAGCAGCAGCACCGACAGUUUUGUGACACUCUCCUCAGGGCAGAAGGUGUUUCAGUGCCAGCACACAGUUGUGUCCUCUCAGCCAUCAGCCCACAACUGUCCACUGCUCUGUCCUCCUCACCCACGCCCCCUGCUGGACAACACCAUGUGGUGGAGUUUGGGACUCUGGGCGCCAGCACUCUGCUCCACCUGGUCAAACUGCUGUACUCUGGGGAGAUGGCCGGGGAGGGGGAGAGCGAGAAGCGGCGGGCUGUGUCGGCGGCGGCCAAGAUGGGCAUCCAGGAGCUGGUGGAUGUCACGCAGCGUGCCGAGGUGGGCGUGCAGACUGAUCCGGUGGCGGAGGAUAAAGUCACGGGGGAGGUGAUGGAUGGUAGCACUGUGCUGUGGAAUGAGACAAAUGGGGGGAAAUACGUACAGACGGGUGGCCCUCAAGUAAGUUGUUGUCCUCCUGUGCCAACCUACGAGACCAUUGACAUGUCUCAACUUCAGAGUUUAAGACACCCUCCACAUGUGUCUGGACACACACCUGACAUAGCACCUCAAUCCCUGCCCAGCCAGGACACCCUGUGGCCCGCCUUCUUCUCUGGUCUUUUGGAGGGACACGUAGCAGCCAACCAGCAGUUUGAGCAAUAUCGUGACAACAUCCCGGGAUUUAUCAGCCACUUUUUAAACUCGGACCGCCGGGAGGCGGCGAGAGCCAAGAGGAAGGCGCGAGGAGCUGGAGCAGCGGUCCAGCGGAGGCCGCGUGGAGGGUGGAUGCAGAAGGUGGACGUGCAGACGGUGGUGGCCAGCAAGCAGCACAGGUCUCUCCUGCACAGGUGUGGGACGGCGGCCGCCGUGCGGACGGGCCAGGGGGGAGGAGCCACAGGCAGGAAGUUGUACCUGAAGACACGACACAUUCUGGAUUCCUUCUGGAGGAAACGGGGGCGUGGACUGUGGAAGGGUUUUAGCCCGGGUGGAGAAAGUCAUUACGAGAUGGGAGGAGGCGGCAAUGUGACGUGUAGACAGAGGACCAAGCAGGAGUGUGAACAGGUGUCACCCGCCUUGCCCCGCCUCCCCCACCCUCCGCCUCACGAAGACCCAUCUGAGCGCUUCAAUCGUCUAUUGGAGGAAGUGCUGAUGGGCCUGAACGCUCCGCACUCCCAGCCCUGCCAACAACGCUAUGCCGCCGUCACCACGGAGGUAGUCGCCACCGGACAAGCAGGCGCCGGCGAUGCGGACGCUGAGGUGGGCUUCCUGGAACCGCAGGUGGAGGGAGAUUUGACGGCCAUGUUGGAAGACUUCCUGCAGUCCUUUGGGCAACACGGCGACGGCGGUGUUGUCGGGGAGGUGGAACACAGCAGCCCAGAAAAGCAAUCCCAGCGCUCCAAAGCGUCAGGAAACACCAGAAGUAAGAAACGACAAGAGAAGAAGCAGACCCCUGGCUCAGUGAGCGACAUAAUCAAUAGAAACGUUGGGGAAGGAGACAAUAAGAGAUUAGGACGGACGUCUGUGGUGAAAGUGAGGCAGCAGAGUGCUCUGCAAAAUCCUGUUACCCAUCCAAUCAGAAGCAGACGCAACAAAGUCCAAAACAUGCCGCUCCCAGAGAUAAAAAGGCCACUUAAGGCUCCUGGAACAUGCAGACCCAGAAAGAAGAACACACGACGACUCACAGAGAUACCUGGGAAGCCGGCAGCUCCUGGAACAUGCAGACCCAGAAAGAACACACGACGACUCACAGAGAUACCUGGAACGCCGGCAGCUCCUGGAACAUGCAGACCCAGAAAGAACACACGACGACUCACAGAGAUACCUGGAACGCCGGCAGCUCCUGGAACAUGCAGACCCAGAAAGAAGAAGACACGACGACUCACAGAGAUACCUGGAACGCCGGCAGCUCCUGGAACAUGCAGACCCAGAAAGAACACACGACGACUCACAGAGAUACCUGGAACGCCGGCAGCUCCUGGAACAUGCAGACCCAGAAAGAACACACGACGACUCACAGAGAUACCUGGAACGCCGGCAGCUCCUGGAACAUGCAGACCCAGAAAGAAGAAGACACGACGACUCACAGAGAUACCUGGGAAGCCGGCAGGCCAUGGCAACCUGAUUAAGAGAAAUGAAAAAAGAGGAGGAAAUAAAGCAGCUGAGGAGAAAGAAGGCAAGGAAGUAGCGAGGAGGGCACAAAAGAGGCAUUUAAAGCCUAGAGAAGAGAUGAGAAAUAUCGGCAGCGAGGCCAAGAAGAAAUAUUUUAAGGCAAAUCCUCCACCUCCAUCUUCCACGAGCACAUGUGAUGAGAUGGUCGUGCGUGCCGGCGUAGGUGACAGCACACCUGUAGACCACAUAGGCGAGCAGAACCAAGAGCUGGCUAACUUGGACAACGUGGAAGGAAGCUGUUGGAAGAAAGCGCCGCCGUGUCUUUCACCACCUUUACUGUCAUCAUGGGAAGUCAGACCAGGGACACCAGGAAGCAAAGACGAGGACGAGGACAUUGAUGUGAUUGGAACGUGGGAUUCCAUCCCCAAUCCCAUCACCAUCACCUGGUCUACGUCAUCAGGCAGCGAAGAAGAGGAGAUCGACGUUACAGAAGUCUGUGGCCUUCUCUCUGAGCCGAGCUGUGGACCCCAUCAGGUAUCCCUACGCUGAGUUAGUUAGUCCCAGGCCUGCAGGUUGGUUCUCCUCUCGUCUCUGGUAGAGUUUGACUAGUUGUAUCUCAUUUUAUCAUGUUGAUAAUCAUGAGGGACUCAUUCCGAGAAUCAUUUAGUAACAAGACCUUAGUUUACGCUCUCUUCUCUUGAGCGUUAAUAUUUCUCCAAAAAGAAAGUCAUUUGAAAAUCAACACUGACAGUUAUUCGUUGUAUAUGUGACUCAGUUUCAAUAUUUUUGCUACAAUAAAUGUUCCAUUU